AUGUCAAAAUUUCUAAUAUGGCUGGUACAUCUACCAAUGAUACAUCUAUCACUGGCCACAGGAAUGGAGAGUCCGCAGCUGAAAUUCCUUAGGGAGCUCAUCGAUGUGUUUGAGCAGGUUCAGGAAAUUCGUACAAUAAUGCUAAUCAAGCAUAGUCAGGAUAGAAACUGUCAUCUGGAGCAAUGGAAUCCACGUGCCAGUCUUAUACUGAGGGCCGAUGAAAUGGGCUCCAUCAGGAUAAGUGGAUACUCCAAUGACCAGGCGGUGUCAUUAGUUUGCAUUGGCAACGAUUCGGACUAUGGGCUGCUUCACAGCCUGGCCAACGCCAUGGACAACAUGAGGCAGGAGAGAAUCAUACUAUGGAGCCAAAGCGAACCCACGAAGAUCCUGCUGGACUACAUCUCCCAGCAAGCCAAUAGGUAUCAUUUUGUUCAGCUGACAAUUGUGGCAAUGAACGAUAGUGCCAGCGCAGUACCAGCACUGCUCCGAAUGAAUCCAUAUCCCACUGCACAGUUUUGCCAAUUGAAGAAUAUAGCGGACAUAAACGAGGCCAAUUUAUUCGAAAGAGGCUUAAGUUUUCAAGGUAGAACGGCCAUUUUGAGGGAAAGCGUGAAUUCGAACAUUCGCUUUAAUGUACGGUCGCCAUCAGGUUUUAUUCCCCUAUCCGAACUGAAGGAUUAUGAAAUUGUGCAGUUCGCCAUCAAGUACAAUUUGAGUUUGAAAUUAUAUGAACAAAAUGACACCAAGUCAGACCAUUUCGAUAUACAGCUGGGUCCACGUUUCAUAACCCAAGACUUUCCCACCCAAAUGGCCUUUGUAAGUCCCAACACCGCCUGCUCCUUGAUUGUCAUAGUGCCGUGCAGCCAGAAAUGGCGUCUGAUGGAUGUACUUCACAAAUUGGGUGUGCUGAAAUUGAUAUGUUGCCUUUUGAUUGCCUAUGUCUUAUUCGUUUUAAUUGAAACCCUAAUACUGUGGCUGACCCACAGGAUAUCCGAUCGAGGCAGCCGCCUGACCAGCUUAAGUCCACUACUAAAUCCUCGUGCCUUUCGAGGCAUCUUAGGCCUACCAUUUCCGGAGUUUCGCAGAUCGAGCGUUUCACUUCGCCAACUCUUUCUGGUCAUAAGCGUUUUUGGCCUUGUCUUCAGCAAUUUUGUAAGCUGCAAACUAAGUGCGCUGCUCAUGAAACCAGCUCAAAAUCCCCAGGUGAGAAACUUCGAAGAGUUGAGAGAUAGCGGAUUGAUAACUAUUACGGACGAGUAUACACACUACUUCAUCAAGACGCAUAUCGACACAGAAUUCUUCAAUCGAGUGCUACCCCACUACUUAAUUGCCAAAAAGAAAGAAACUCUUAGGAUGCUGAUGAGUUUCAACGACAGCUACAGCUAUAUAAUGUACACACCCACAUGGAAAUUGUUAAAUACCCUUCAACGAUCUCUGGAUGAAAGGGUUUUUUGCGAGUCUGAGAGUUUGAGCAUUGCCUGGAAUCUGCCACGGAUGUAUGUGCUGGAGAACAAUUCUGCCCUGAAAUGGAUGCUAACCAGGUUUAUCAACUACAUUCCGCAAACCGGGAUUCCGGACGCUUGGAAUGGAGUACUUCCCAAUAUCGUCAAACUAUUAUAUAAUGUUACCUUUCCUCCCAAGAUUGCAGGCACAGUUCCUCUGUCCAUUCACCAUUUGAGCUGGAUAUGGCAUCUGCUGGUCAUCGGUGAAAGUAUCGCCACAUUGGUAUUUGUUGUUGAGAUACUUCUCAGGAAAAGGAACCGAUCCACAAGCAACUUGAGCGAAAGACCAAGCUAUAUUGCUUAA